AUGAACUAUUCUUCAGAAGAGAUAAAAAUACGAAAGGAGUUUUUGCAAUCGCAAUUAGAACUGCAGUUGCAAAUAUCAGAAAAAUUAAAUACCCAAAUUAAGGAAAUCCAGGAGGAGAUUUCUAAGGCCCAGGAGAAAAAUAUUGCUUCUCGAUUGCGGAACAACGAAUUACGAUUCGAAGAACUUUCUUUGGUCGGGAUGAACUCUUUUAACAUAGAAGAAAUGGAUAAAGUCAUCCAAAUAAUCAGCUCCACAGAGGAAGCUGAGAAAAAGACCAAAAAGCAUAACGCCAAAAUGAUGAAGGAAAUAAGUGAAGCUUAUCUGCGGGCAGCUGAUACUGUUGAACGUGAUAAGGAGCAAUUAAAAAGUGAAGUGUUCUAUAAAGAAGAUACUAUAAGAAUGGAGGAGAAUAUUGAAGCAACCAAGAAUAAAAUUGCUGAGCUCAAAGCACAUAUGGAAACAAUGAGGGGACAGUGGGGCGAAGAGCUUAAAAUGAAAGAGGAACUGUACAAUGUCCUUUGUGACAUAGAAAAGGAACAAAUUGCUCAACUAAACGAGGAUGGUACAUCGCCCGCAAAAGGAAUUGGAAACGGGGAUACCGAACCGGAUAACUCUGACAGAAUCUCAGAAGAGUUAGAUGAUGAUGAUGAAUCAACCGAGCUAAAGUUAGCAAUUGAAAGAUUGAAGAAACUAAAAAAAUCAUCGUAA